AUGGUGAACAUUGGUAUCAACGGUUUUGGUCGUAUUGGCCGCAUUGUGUUCCGCAACUCGCUGGAGCACGAGAACAUCACUGUGGUGGCUGUGAACGACCCGUUCAUCAACCUUGACUACAUGGUGUACAUGCUCAAGUACGACUCGACCCACGGCCGCUUCGCUGGUGAGGUCUCGGCCAAGGGCGACAAGCUGGUCGUGAACGGCAAGGAGAUCUCGGUGUUCGCCGAGAAGGACCCGAAGGACAUUCCUUGGGGCAAGGCCGGCGCUGAGUACGUGCUCGAGUCGACUGGUGUGUUCACCACCACCGAGAAGGCUUCGGCUCACCUGGAGGGUGGUGCCAAGAAGGUCGUGAUCUCGGCCCCCUCGGCGGAUGCCCCGAUGUACGUGUGCGGUGUGAACCUCGACUCGUACGACCCGUCGCACAAGGUUGUGUCGAACGCCAGCUGCACCACCAACUGUCUGGCUCCCCUUGCCAAGGUGCUGCACGACAAGUUUGGCAUUGUGGAGGGUCUCAUGUCGACGGUGCACGCCACCACCGCCACCCAGAAGACUGUCGACGGGCCGUCGCACAAGGACUGGCGUGGUGGUCGCUCGGCGAGCGCCAACAUUAUCCCCUCGAGCACCGGUGCUGCCAAGGCUGUGGGUAAGGUCAUCCCGAGCCUGAGCGGCAAGCUCACUGGUAUGUCGUUCCGGAUCCCGACCACCGAUGUGUCGGUUGUCGACCUGACGGCUCGCCUCGAGAAGGGUGCUUCGUACGAUGAGAUCAAGGCUGAGGUCAAGCGUGCCUCGGAGCAGGAGCUCAAGGGCAUCCUCGGCUACACCGAGGACGCUGUGGUCUCGCAGGACUUUGUCGGUGACGCGCGCAGCUCGAUCUUCGACGCUUCGGCCGGUAUCCAGCUGAGCCCGAACUUUGUCAAGGUCGUGUCGUGGUACGACAACGAGUGGGGCUACUCGCGCCGCUGCCUUGACCUGAUCGCGUUCAUGGCCUCGAAGGACGGUUCGGCGUAG